AUGUCUGACAGUUUCCUCAACAAGAUCAUUGAAGAGAAGAAUAUACCAGCCUGGGGGCACUUAGCACUACUGACCUGUAUGCCUCCUAUCAUCUACAAUGAAGAUCUUAAAGCACAACAGAAUAUUCAAGGUUGUCAGUAUUACCACCAGUCAUUGAAAUGUUGCUUUGUAAAAGGUUGUGAGAUCACCAAUGCUAUUUAUGGAACUCACUCGCUUAUUGAGAAACACUGUGAGAAGUCUACGAAAAGUCAGUUCAUUUUCCUGACUGAUUACCAAGGGGUCCUGCAUGAUUACUUUCCUGUUUCUGUGGGUGUCCAUCAAGGACCAGCUCUUUCUCCCCUUCUGUCCAUCAUAAUAAUGGACAUGAUAACCAGAGAUCUUCAGAAAUUAGCACCUUGGACCCUACUGUAUGCUGAUGAUGUUAUACUGGCUACUAAAAACAAGAAAAUCCUUCAACAAAAAGUUUAA